UGUCUCUUCCCCUACCAUUCCUUUGCUUACCAUUAAGAUGGCUGGUUGUGUACUAUACCACCACCAAAACAAACACCACUAACAACAACAACAACAACAACAACAACAACAUCACCACUCGAACACCAACACCAACACAAUCACAUCACCACCACCACUGCUACCAUUACCAUCACAACCAUCAACAACAAAGCCGUUAAGACCACCAACAUCAUCAUCACCACCACCACCAGCAGCAUCAUUAACACAGACCGAUGAGAAUCACGUCUGAUCCACCCCCUAAUGUUGGACUGUAGUAUGAACCCUCUCACUGGAUGUUGUGUCGUUUUUAGCUUUUGUGCUGCUAAAAAUAUCUUCAUCAAAAACAAGCCAUAAAUCCUGCGAACUUUUAAAAUAACCUUCUGAAGCCUUACUGUGUUAUUUCCUCGAUUCAGACGCGACUGAAACCUCGAACUUUGUAGAGCAUUUCUUGACAGCAACUUAUAAGAAGUAGCAACUUAUAACACGCAACUCGGUCCCAACUGCACGUCGUGAAAACAGUUUCAUCUCAAACGUUUUUUUAAACUUUGGAAAAUAAUCCCAAGAAUUUAAUCGUCAGAAGGUUUUUGUUCCAAAAUGCUUUUCCGGUCCUUCAUUGCGAUUCUUCCACUUCUGGAUUUAGCGUCUGCAAUACAUAUGUUUAACGUUGCUUGUCGUAAAAAUGGCGGGCGUUGUAUGGGAGUUUCUUCCUCGUACAGUAACAUCACUACAUGUGGCGAAGCCAUCGACGGAAAACUGGAUCACAACAGCAUGUGGAUGAGUCGGUUUGAAGGAGUAGGUUCAUGGAUCAAAAUCGGCUUCUCUUCCUUUUAUUUACUCAAACGAACCAGGAUCAUGCAGCAUUCCAGUGCACACGAACAAUCAAAGGAUAUUUUGAUGGCCUUUAGCGAUGGUUCCACUCAAACGUUUACUCUCAGCGAAAACAAUGGAACUUCUUGGAAAGAUGAACUUGCAAUUUGGGACACCUUUGACCUAAAACCAGUCUUGACAAGUUCUGUAAACAUCACUGUUCUCUCCGUAUAUUCCAGCUACAACAAUGGCUUCCGAGAAGUCGAAUUUUAUGUUGACAUGGACAGCAAUUGGGCAACUUGGUUUGAAUGGAGCAUUUGUGUCGGAACUUGCAACGAAGGUUUCCAGAUACGAACACGAUCUUGCUUGAACCCAUUUGGAGGGCCUACGUGUGAAGGCGCAGCCGAAGAGAUUCGAACUUGCAAUUCAGAUAUCUGCUCAAAAGACAGUUUACCUACUCCCACAUCAAUGCUGGAUAACGAAUGGACGUCUUGGUUUGAAUGGAGCCAGUGUGUUGGAAAUUGCAACGAAGGGAUCCAGAUACGCACUCGAUCUUGUCUGAACCCUUUCGGGUCUCCAAUGUGUGAAGGUGCUGCGCAACAAAUUCGAGCCUGCAUGUCAACGAUUUGCACUAAAAACAGUUUACCUUCCGUCACAACAAUGCAAAAAACCAACGUGAGAAAAUCGGAAACGAGUGUCCCAAUCGCCAUUGUUCUCAGUUCCGUUUGCUUCGUGCUUCUUGUCUUUUUGAUUUUGGCGGUAAUAAUUCUCUGGAGUCGCAAUCGGAAAGGAAUCGCCGCUGGUAAAUGGAUAGGCAUAUGGAGCCGCAUCUGAAAGUAUUCUUUUCCAUGAAGACACACAAAGUAUGUUAACAUAACAACAUCAUCAUCAUCAUCAACAAAAACAACAACAACAGCUACCACAAAAACAACAAAGGAAGAAGCACAAGAAUACAACGGUGACAUGUAAAAAUGAAAGACCGUCUUAAAAUGUCUAUCGUCUGCUGCGGUAGUUAUCGUGAUAAGAGAAACAAAAACAUAAAACAGUAUACGAAAAAUGUAUGAAAAAAGAAAACAUUUAAAUGGCAUAUCUGCCGAAAAUGGUAUAAUGAACGGAAAUCAUUUCUUUUAUACUCAUUAUUUUUAUAUCUUUAUGUGCUUAAGACAUCAAAGUAGUAACACAUAAGUGAAAUCUUUGCAGACGACUCUGUUUAUUGCAGCUGAUUAAAAUGGAAGAACAUACUCGUUUUUUGAAAAAAUAAUGCUUUGUAAAUAAAAGAUAACAUUUUUUUAAUCAAA